AUGAGCUCAGACCAAUUCCCAAUCCAGACUGCAAUCAAAGACAACAACAUCAACUUAGCCAAGCAAUUAAUUUCAGAGAAUCCCCAGCCAUCAUCAGCAACAAUUUCAAAAGAUGACGAUGAUCGUACGCCACUACACUGGGCCGUUUCCAUCAACAACAACGACUUGGUCCAAUUCAUACUUGGCCAAUUACCAAAAGGAACCGAUAUUGAUGAUUUAGUAGACGCAUCGGGAUGGACACCACUUCAUAUCAAUGCGUCAAUUGGCAACAUCGAGAUCCUCAACUUACUCAUGCACGUUGAUCCACAACCCGACAUCAACGCCCAAACAAAUCAGGGUACAACGGCAUUACAUUUAGCAAUAUCGAAAACGCAUUCAUCUUAUGUGAAAGUCCUAAUUGAAGAAUUCAACUGUUCGUGUCGAGUCAAGGAUAAAAAGGGGUUUACGCCAUUACACCGUGCCGCAUCAAUUGGAUCAAUUGGUAUUAUUAAACAAUUGUUGCACACGGGUAAAGUCAAUGUCAAUGCCAAGGAUAAUUAUGGGUGGACGAGCUUGCAUCAUGCAUUAGCUGAAGGGCAUGCAGAUGCCGCGAUUUUACUCGUUGAUGAAGGUGGUGCUGAUGUCAAUGUUGAGAAUGAUGAUGGUCAGACACCGGUUCAAGUUAGUGUUGAUGAGAAAGUGGCCAAGUAUUUUAAAGAGCAUAUUGAAAAGAAAUGA